AUGGCCAGUGAGAAAAUAGGGCAGUUUCUAUGCCCGCCAAAUGACCAAGAAUACCCGCCUCUUCACCGUGACGUAUCCUACUAUAAUCCUCUUCACACCUUCAGACUGCCCAGAGGCUCGGAUCGACACUAUCAACAACAAUAUGGUGACAUGUACUUUUUGCGCCUUGCAAGGCUGAAGCCGGCCGUCGAGCAGGUCGCAACAGAGGCCUGGGAGGGCUUUACGAUUGCUGGGGAGAAUGCACGUCGAGUGGAACGGGUACUCGAUGUACGGCAAGGAGAGCUAUGCUGGGUUGCAGGAACAGUCUACAUGGAUUUGCCGCUGAAGCCUAACAUUCUGGAUGAUAUUGCAAAAGACAAUUACACAUCCGCGCCACCUCCUCGCCAGACAUACAUCGACCCUACAAACCCAUCCUUGACUCAGGUUAUGCUAGAAGAUGAAUCGGGACGUCUUCGCUUAGCUGGCCCGCUGCUUCGAUCAACACAUCUAGUCACAGGCGUUGUCAUUGCCGCCCUAGGUACGGAGAAUUCUAACGGCGAUUUCGAAGUUAUCGACAUCAAAGUUCCUGAUCUUCCCCGUCAGCCGAAGAGAUGGGAAAGAGACGACAAUGCUUCUCCGGAUAGUAAGCGCAAGCGAGGUCAGGAAAGUGAACACUCCGGUUCAAAUAGGGGAAAGAAGAUUGCUUUCGUCAGUGGCCUGAGGAUGACUGGAACGUCUAGUGAUACUCUUUCUCUGGAACUUUUGACAGAUUAUCUUCUUGGAUAUGCUGGUCCUUCCGACGGGGAAACUGCUGGGUCACAGGCAUCAUCUUCUAGAAUUAGCAGGCUGAUAAUAGCCGGAAAUUCUCUCGGCGAUGCAGUGGCUGCCGAAACUGCUGCUGCUGAUGCUGGAAAUGACAGUGUUGUCACAAAGAAAAAGAAGCAGGUUAAGAAGUAUGGAUAUGACGCGUCGGCCUAUAAUGCGUCGCCUAUUACGCAGCUUGACACCUUCCUUUCCGAGAUACUUCCCAGCAUCCCCGUCACGCUCAUGCCUGGAGAGAAUGACCCCGCCAAUUAUUCUCUUCCGCAGCAAGGAAUUCACAGAGCAAUGUUCCAGAGGGCAAAGGCAUACUCAUCAGAUGCUCAUCCCGGAGACGAAAAUGCUGAACCAGGUUGGUUUGAUAGUGUUACGAACCCAUGGGAGGGAGAUAUCGAGGGAUGGCGAGUCUGGGGCUCGAGCGGUCAGAACGUCGACGAUGUCCUCCGCUAUCUCGAUUUCUCCGAUGAAGAUGAGCGUGGAGAUGCGGCUGAAGAUGACGCAAACGCAAGACUGAAGGUUAUGGAGGCGAUGCUAAGGUGGCGGUGCGCUGUGCCUACCGCGCCGGAUACUAUCUGGAGUUAUCCUUUCCAGACAAACGACCCCUUUGUCCUUCAGUCAUGCCCACACAUCUUCUUUGCCGGUAACCAGCCAAGAUUCAAGACUAUGGUCGUCGAGGGCGAUUCUUCGUUCCGCUUGAACGGAGCAGACGCAGAAAUGACCGAUACCAUGGAAGAUGAUGUCGGUCCGAAGAUCCGUGUUAUGACGAUUCCCAAGUUCAGCGAGACGGGCGAACUAAUAGUGUUGGAUACGGAGACGUUAGAAGUGGAAGUAGUAAGGUUCGGGGCAUUUGCUGGUCAAGCAGAAAGGGAAUAA